AUGGUAUACCGACCUGCGCUCCCCUCCGAGCUCUGGCUUCUCGUCUUCCACUAUGCCGCAGAUUGCCCUAAGGCGCUCUACCCGGCCGACUAUACGCCCUUCGAGCCAGACUCUGAUGACAUGGAGGCCGCAGAGCAUAUGUCACUUGCGAUCAAGCGCGCUAUCGUACUCGUCUGCAGGCGGUGGCGUGACCUAGGCGAAGAACUUCUCUACGAGGGACUUCACAUUCACCAUGGCGUACCAGCACUGUGUGACUCCUUCGAGCACGGUCACGGCUGCGACCUCGCACGCCGCGUGCGCCGCGCCGUGCUACCCUAUACGCAGACGCAGACCCCGACAUAUCGCCCGGUUCCCGCGCUGUCGAUCCUCACGCACUGUCCACAUCUCGAAGUGCUUGUACGCCCGUGCGGCCGACGCGCCCUGUACCCUCAAUUCGAGUUCUCAACGGACGCACCGAAGCUGCCAGCGCUCAAACGCCUCGAAUGGUGGCAAGAUAACUCGGCAUGUUGCACGGGCGGAAUUAACUCGCUUGACGACGUCCUCAAGGCAGCGCCGCAUGUUCAAUAUCUUACGUUCGGCGGACAGAUGUUCAUCACCGCGCUGCGCCAGCAGCAGCGUCUACAUCUCCCGGAACUCCAUACGCUCCGGCUUCGCGCGGUGAACGCGAUAGCUAUCCGGCAGCUGUGUUUUUGGUCGACGCCCGUGCUCGACCAUCUCAUUCUUGACGACGCGCCCUCGAAUGCGGAAAUGCUCGACACUCUUUGGGAGAAUGUUGGCGAGCAGUUGCAGGCGGUUGAGCUUGGCCGCGACGAGCACUUCCGGUGCCACGAUUACGUGGCUACUGUGCUCACUGUCUGCCCUGGCGUGCGCGAGCUCAAUUGCCGUGUGCUGUAUACAGCGGCACCUUCCCUUGGAGACAAGUUUUCGGCGACCAUCCCUCACACAAGCCUCAACCGCAUCGGACUGCACGCCGUACACUUCCCCGCUGAGGCACCGGAGACGCUGUGGGAUCACCUCCGCGCGCAUUUCAGCGCAUAUUCGCGCGAUGCUUUCCCGGGGUUGCGCGAAUUCGCGUUAUACGGCGAGGAGUGGUCGUCAUUCUGCGCCGAUCCUCGUUUCCGCGAGAUUCAGUCCGCUGUGAAGGCUGCUGAAAGGACCAUCACGUUUGCCGCCUGA